UCUCACAGUUUUUCCUGGCACCGUGGCCUAUUUUACAAUGAACUAAAUUGACUCAAAUUUUGAAAACAUCGUCGAACCAGACGAUAUUCUGUGCUCCAAGAAGACAUUGUUUUUUACAGAUUUGAGUCAGGUUUCAUUACUUAAUGGAUUUUCUCGUCAUGAGGAUCUGUGAAAUCUUGCCUCAGUUCUGACCCAACUUUCCUGACUUCUUUAAUCAAAUGGCGAUUACUAGAUAAAACGAACAGUUUUCGCGUCAUUCGCCACAAUGUCAGGUCAGAGUGGAGGGCAUCGCUUAAGGUUGUCCAAGCUCAAUGACCAGCUAACAUGCAAGUUAUGCGGUGGAUAUUUCAUUGAUGCCACUACGAUUAUAGAGUGUUUGCACUCAUUUUGCAGGAGCUGUAUCGUGAAAUAUCUGGAGAACAAUAAGUAUUGUCCAAUAUGUGAGGUGCAAGUACAUAAAAGUAAGCCGUUGCUUAACAUUCGUCCGGACCACACUUUGCAGGACAUAGUGUAUAAAUUGGUACCUGGAUGCUACCAAAAUGAGAUGCGAUGUAGGAGAGAGUUUUAUUCUAAACAUCCUGAGGCAUGCACUCAAACAGCAUCUCCAGAAGCAAGAGGGGAACCAACAGAAUCACAUAUAUAUUCACCAGACGAGUCUCUCAGUUUAUCGUUAGAAUACUUUAGUCCAUCCAAGGAUGUCAAGGAAAUAACUGUGAAACCAUUUUUGAGGCGAUAUCUUCGCUGUCCUGCUGCAGUCACAAUUUUUCAUCUGCAAAAACUUAUAAGAGCUAAGUAUGGGCUGACUGAUGCACACAGGGUAGAUGUUAUGUAUAAAGAGGAACCAUUACAUGGUAGUUACACUCUAAUGGAUGUGAUGUACAUUUAUCAUUGGAGGCGGAAAGUGCCAUUGCAUUUAAGUUACAGGAUAUUUGAAUCUUCGCCGAAACGAAUAAAACUUUCUGAAGACAACGUCAAUUAUAAAACAUCCUUGCUUCAUGCUGGAAUCAAUCCCAUUGAGUUAGAAGAGGAAAAAACCGUAAAAAGAGAAUGGAAAGAAGUUCAACUAAAAAUUUCUGAAACUGGUAUAAUGAGUAUUACAGAUAUAUCAGAUCAAGAAUUUAAGAAAAAUACAAAAGCUGAAGAACCUGUUGCUAAUGUUGAAUCUGUAAAUACAUCACCUACGCAGGAAAUUGCUAACGGAAAUAAUAAAUCCGAGAUUACUAAAAAAAAUGAGUUGCCUUCAAAUAAACCAAUCACUGACGAUACUGAUGUAUUGUCUAAUCUAAAUGAACUUGAUAAUACAAGAAAUUCUAAUCAGACAAAAGCUGAAAAAAUUUUGGUAGAGAAGGCAGAAACUACAGUAAAAAUUAAAAAUGAGGGAGAAUCGAAAAAUGAAUCAGGUAAUGAUAAUAUUGAAAAUAAGACAGUUUCGCAAAAUAAUGUGCAAUCUCAGGAAACAAUGCAAUGUGUGGAUGGUGGUGAAACGAAAUGCAAUGUUACUGAUGAUAGGGAUACGAAAGAGUCAUCAAAAAAUAAUAACAACACAAUUAUCAUAGAAAAGAAAGCCGAGACUCUUAAACAACACACAAAAAACGAAACGAAGCUUGUAAAUACGGGAUCAAAAAUCAAUGCUUUAAGUGUGAAGUUACAGUUUCAACCAAAAAUGGGACAAAUUAAUAGUAAUAAUAAUUCUUCAAAAAAGACCAUAAAGGAUAGGAAGAUUAUGCCGCCUGUAUCCAAAAAAGUGGAAACAAAAACUACUGAAAGUUUGAAAUCUGUAGAUUCAAAAUAUUCUUUUGAUACUUUAAAAACACAAGUUAUAGCGAACAGUUCUGGAGUAGUAGUAAGUAAAGUAUCAGUUCCUUGUUCUACAAAAACGAUGUCACCAAAACCAAUAUCUGUAACAGAGGCAACUGUGGAACCUGUUGUUUCAACGCAUACAACGACCACAACUAAUUCUGAGUCGAGAGAAGUGAAAUCCAAUAUGAAAAGUGUGCAAUCAGUUGAUCAGCAUCGAUCUUUUCUCCAGGAACCAAAUAUUUCAGAGAAGACAUGUUCGUUAGAUCAAGCUUGUAUAGAAUCAGCUCCAAGAAUCAGUGGGCAAACAAUUACGAUUCCUCAGAAAUCACCGUACACGCAAACAGAGUCAUUUACAAAUGAAAAUCUUGCUACCCUUAAUCUUACUGCAUCUUUAACUGGAUCCCUCGGAAAUGGAAUUAGCUCCACAUGCGCAUCAACAAUGGGUCAAAGUACACAUACGUUUUCAUAUACUGUUCAGGAUUUGGUGAAUAGUACAAUGUUGAAAAAUUCUCUUAAGAGUCUGGCAACAUCAACGGCUCAGAAAUUGUCUGCUACUACAAUUCCAGAAAACACAGUAACCACAUCCGCAAUACAGGAAAGUCCUACAACAUUUACUAUGCCUUCUAUGAGCAUCUCGUCUUCUUUGAAAAAUAACUAUCCAACAUCCGUAAUGAGUGCUUCAAAGGACUCGCCGUUAAAAGGAAAUAUAGAAAUAACUAGUGUAUAUUCAGCACCUCCUUGCCCAGAUGCCAUUCCGAUUUCUCUAAUGAAACCAACAAUUCGCAAGAAUGAAUUGAUCACAAAAGGUUCAAAUUUGAAUGACAUUUGUGCUAAAAUUGGAGCUUCUGGCUCUAAAAUUAAUGAUAUUUGCGCCAAGAUUGGCGAGAAUUCUAAAGAGAAGAAUAAAACAGAAACAAGAAGUAAAUCCGACAUUCCAGAUUUAUUAAAAAUUGGGAGAAAAAGUAGUUCGUCGUCGAUCACAAACGAACCUACAAAUAAGCAACAGCAGCUCACGAACAUUUCAAAUAUACCCGUUUAUGCUCCUAGUAGCAACAUAAUGACAACAGAAAAUAAAAAUAUUUAUUCUAACGUAAAGGAUGGACUUAGAGCCACUUCGUUAGUGUCUACUUCUCCAAUGACAACAUCACAUUCUGUACAAAAGGUUCCUUCUGCCUCUAAGAAGCAAACGCAAGCAGUUGGCUACAAAACUCUUCGAGAUCCUCCAAGAUGCUGGAAUCCUACACUUUCCAAAAACAAUUAUAUAGCAGUUAAAAAUCAAAGUAAGGAGACACAAAGUCAAUUACAUCAAACUACUUCCUCUGACAGAAGUAAAACAAUUCAGUCGAAACCGGCUAAAAUAUUUAAGAUGAGGAACAUGCCAAGGUAUCUGGGCAAUCCUGCCUCGGGAGUGAAACCAAUGUACGGAAUCGGUAAUGACAGCAAAGAAAAAGAACAGUCAACAAUAACACCGACAACUACAACAAACACUUCAACUAGUUCGAAGAACGGGAAUUUAAGUAUGAUGAAGAUAGAUCCUAAAACUCUAUCUCCAAUAGUUUCUACAAUUAAUUCACCCAUAGUUUCACCACCUCCGUAUUCUCCAAGUGCAAGAAACUAUCCAAAUCCUCCAUUUUCAAGGGAUAUUUGCCGGAAUACUGGCUCGCCAAUAUCUCCCAAAAAUUCACCAGUAAAUAUGCUUUCAACGAGUCCUUUUAUACCUUCCCCAACACCAAAUAUGAAUCCUAGAUUAAUUUAUCCUCAUUUCCCACCGCCGUUUCCAGACGCAACCAGAUUUCCAAAUCCUUUGAUUCGAUCACCAAUUGGUAUUCCAUCACCCAGUGCCUUCCACAGUAGUUUGCCUCCCUCGAUUAAUAAGUUGUACCAGCGGUCCAGUUAUAUACCACAAACUACUGGCUUUUCUCCAGUCUCUCAACCUCCAACAGUUCAGAGAAUACCACCGAGCACCUAUUCUUCGCCUAAAUCACCUAAAACUACCUCCUUAACAGCAAUUUCACCUACAUCUUAUGGUUUAUCCAAGUCCGAGGCGCAAAUCGUUGCAACAACAUCUCUUGAAACUAAUAAUCUACUUCUUCUAGAGAAUGCACCGCAAGAAGAUCUUAGUGCAUUCAAUUUAUCUAAGACUGGAAGUUUUGGCAAUGCAGAGAAUGUUAAAACAUCACCCGAAAUAGUUCGAAAUUCUAAAUCAACUGUAAUUCCUCCGGUCUCGAGUAUUGGACAGGGUAAAAAUACACUGACAAGUACGUCAAAGAGUAAGGCAGAAAGUUCCCAAACAGGGCCUGGAUAUGAUCAGACAAAGGAACAUUCACAGGAAGGUUCAGGUGGAUGCAUUGAUGAGAAUUCUUAUCAUUCGAAGGGGCAGAAUUUGGAAAAGAAGCGAUCUGACGAGAGCAAUAAUACUGUAAAUAAGAAAAAAGAGAAAUCAGUUUCCCAAAUGAAUGGAAAUCUUGCUAGCGAAAAUAAUGGCGAAGCGCCAGCAGAGAAACGUACAGAACAACAGAAGGAACAGAAUGGAACACAAUCGGUACAAGUGUCCGUAGAUGCUGAAAGGCAGCAACACGAGUCCAAUCACGAGAAAUGCGAAAAAACCGGCGAACAAGAGAAAAGAUCUGAGGCUCAAACUAGUAAGACGGAGGUAUAAUUCCAGAGUUCAAAGUAAUUUCACAUGUACACUUUUGUAAAAGUCAAAUGCUUCUGUUAUUACUAUAUACAUAUAUAUUCUGUCAUGGACAAAGACAUUACUGAGCUACAUUUCAUACUUCACACUUUUGACAAAGUUUUUCAUGGCAACCUAGGCAAAAGUAAACGUGCACGUUUUCAUUUUGAUUAUUACGAUUUUUGAAUCGCAAAAUAUUAAACAUAUUACAAUGACAUGGCGAUUACUGUGUAUCGUCUUGCGAUAUAAAAUCGUAGUGGUUAAAGAUACGUUCAUGGUUAGCACGAAAAAAAAAUAAACGGAAGAAGUAAAUAGAUACUCGUGCAAACAUCUGUGACGAAAAAAAGACUCUGUAAAGAUUACAUAGUCAAAACCGUUGCGUAUAUCUGUUCGAUGUAACAUUAUUUAUAUGAAGUCGUUUCACAAAAUAAUUUCGUGAAGUCAGUAUUUAUGAUGCUUUUGAACAAAUUUUAUUGUUCGUUUUAUUAGUACGUCUCAGUUAACCAGACAUUCAACCAAAGCCUCGAGGAUUAAUGAAUUUUUAUCUUCCAAAUAGAUU